CCUGCCCAAAAACAUCAGCAGGUCAAUCAAUUUUUGCCUAUCCUCAGUACGACUAUAGGAAGGCGCGCAAUGUCAGAGGAACAGGUGGCAAAGAGGCCCCGAACAGAUGAAAAAGGAUCUUCUGGGACACCCAUGGAACAAGACCAACAGGAAGUGCCUGGACCAGCAGGAGAGGGCCCCACAGACAGAAAGCCAGCCAGGAAAUCUGUCCAAGACCUUAUGAGGCCAUACUACGGUUUGAAGUUCCCUUACAACGAAUUCUGCCAGUGGCUGUCGUACGGCAAUGAUACCAAGCUGCCACAAGCGGACAGCAACUUCUUUCAGCGGCGGGAGUUCUGUUUCACACUGGAUGGGGACAUCUUUGUGCGAUACCAGUCCUUCAAGGUAGCUGCUGAGAUUCAUGCACUACCAAAACUGCCUGCAAAGAUUGACAUCGGCCCCGUCUACAACGUGGACCCCCAGCGCAGGAAGGCAUACACAGGUGGCGCCUCAGAGCGCGGCUUUCUGCCUGUGGAGCGAGAGUUGGUGUUUGAUAUCGAUCUGACAGACUACGAUGAUGUGCGCACCUGUGGCAAGGAGGGGCACAUCUGCGCCGCCUGCUGGCCCCUCAUGGCCGUGGCUGUCGAGAUCAUCGAUGCGUCCCUGCGGGAGGACUUUGGGUUCGAGCACAUCCUGUGGGUCUUCUCUGGCCGCCGAGGCAUUCACUGCUGGGUCUGUGACGAAAGGGCACGGAAGCUCACAGAUGAGCAGCGCAGUGCACUCGCAGCAUUCCUGUCGGUAUACAAGGGUACAGAGGGAGGCAUUGCUCGCCUAGCCCUCAGCACAGUCUCAAAUUCAAACCAUCCCUCUGUGGAACGCGCCUACCGCGUGCUUUCCGACGCCUGGACAGAGCACAUCCUGCCGCAGCAGCGGCUCCUGGCGGAUGAGGCUGGGUGGGAGGGUGUGCUGGCGUAUGUCAAGGAUGAUGACGUGGCGGAGCGGCUGCGUGGCAGGUGGGCGCGCGAGCAGGGGCGGCUGACGGCCGGUGACAUCAGCGUCGAGCGCUGGGCCGACCUGGAGUCCGAGAUCGACAAGAAGGAGAUCAUUUUCGCGUACGCCUACCCGCGCCUGGAUGUGGAGGUCUCCAAGAAGAUGAACCAUCUGCUCAAGGCGCCCUUCUGCGUGCACCCCAAGACCGGCAAGGUUUGCGUCCCCAUGGAUCCCAGCAACAUAUGGGCCUUCGACCCAGAGCAGGUGACCACUGUGCACGACCUACUGGAGACCGACAAGGACAGCCAGGAUGCAGCCACCGCGGAAGCUGCUAUGGAAGCGGCCGUAGGCACCUUCCGCCGCUGCUUCCUGAAUGGCCUCAGAGCCGCCUCCAAGGCCGGACUCGUCGCCAAAGCACGAGCUAGCGAAGGGCUGGCCUGGUAGAUCAAGCUCAUGCUCACCAUGCUGUGACGCAACGAAUUAUUCUCAUGAGGAUGCAGCGAAUCCCUGCGCGCAGCCAAGAUUGCAGAAGGCCUAUAAACGUUAUGUCUGUAAACGUUUGAGGCCUGUCGGAACGGUGGUGGUUGGGCAAUUCGGCUGAAAACGCAGCUGCGCAUGCUGCGCGAUGGGAAAGAUGAUCAUGAUGUGAAAUCAAAAGUGAGCAUUGCUGAAGCGGGUGAAUGUCAGUGAGGUGCUGGGACAGAUAUUUUGAGAUGUUUCGAAUUACAAAGCAGUAGAACAUUUCAUUUUCUGCUAGUUCCAGCCAGCAGGACAGAUGCAGGUUUUCCGCGCAUUGUGAAACAUA